AUGCGCGUGUGGGCGAAGGUGCCUUUCGAAGUGCCCGCGUGGGUGUGGCUGAACACACGCCACGUUCCUUUCCUUUCUCGGUGGGGGGAAAUCGGAGGCGAAGUCGUCAUCCCCAAGCGCCUAUUCAUACACACACACACACUUUCUAUCCUCCCCUCCCCCUCCAUCUCCUCUUCUCUCUCGAGGAUUCCGGCACCUCGACCACACAGCAUCCACCUGUCCCUGCCGGACAACGUCGGCGGCCGCCCGUCUUGCCCUCACCCGGCAGCGCCUUCCCUCCCUCCCCCCCCCUCCACCCUCCACCUCGCUCUCAUAGGCAAGUCGUCCACCGCACGGUCACCGGGACGGGGAAGCAACAGCACGUCUUGCAGCACCAACCAGGUCUGCGACGGCUCCCGUUGUGCGAGCGUUGGCUCUGCCGCUGGCGUCGAUCCUCCUCUUACCGGCGUCGCCCUUCGUUCCUGCCCCUCUCGCUUGUUUCUCGUGCCAGCGCGGAGCGCAAAGGCAGCCCGGCGUGCCGAUAGACGUCCCAAGCAUCUGCAGAGGGGCGUCAUGCAGCCGCCACAGUGUCACUCCGCAGCGUCGCCAUGUCUGGCCUCCUCCGCAAGAGUGCCUCUCACGCCGCAAUACCACGCUCCACCGCCGCGGCAGCAACCGUCUGUUCAAAGCAGUGUGGAGCUCGUCCAGUCCGCCUACGCGGUGUUAUACAACGUGCAUGCCCGCGCCACGCAGCUCGUCGAUGAGGCAGAGGCGUAUCUGACCGGUGCGUAUGGCGCGACCCUGACGGCGACGCCCAGGGCGAGGGCGCAGCCCUCCAAAGACACAGCGUCGACGCACCACAGCGCAGCCUCCGCGGCGGCGGAGUCGCUGCUGCAGCGGUGCCUAGAGAUGCAGGCGCUCCUGCAGCCCGAGGGCGGCAACGCCGCCGCCUCACCAAGUCCAGCAAACCAUCUGGCAAGCGCGCUCUCCUUGCUCGCGGAAUGUCUUCCAUCGGACUGGAAGGCUCUCUUGGUGGUGCAGCCGGAGGAAGGACGCGCCGGCGGGGUCGGGGUCGCCGCGGCAAGCGCACAGGAGGCGCCGGCGACAGCUCCAACGCAGGAAGAGGCUGCGUCUGCUGCAGACGGCAACGGCGUCAGUGGCGAAGGCACCUCAGUCUCCUCAACGAAGCGCGGUGCCUCCAAGCCUGCUGUGGCCACUUUCGCGGUGUGUCCGUCCGACCUUGUACAGCUGGGAUUGUUGCUGCGCCGCCAAUGGACGCUUCAGCGUGACCUCGACCUCCUCGUGGUGGCGCUUCGCGAUAUCUGUGCUGUGUUUGCAGCCGGGAGGGCAGCUGCAAGCAGUGUAGAUAACUUGAGGGUAUCUGCACUCGAGGAUGUGCCGCCGCCGCUGAUGACGGUGGCGGUGAUUCUGGCCAUGCUGCAGCUGCCGCGUACAUCUGCAAUGCUCGAGGUGCACGAGGAACGCAUGAGGGCAGAAAGGCUGCCCGUCGGAGGCGGUGCAGACGCAACCCCACCUUAUCCGUACCCCUGUGUCGCCACGGUGCUGCCGGUCUGGCUCUGGCGUGCUUCGUACGCCACUACGUGGCGGUGUGGCGAAAGUCCGAGCGUGCCGUCGGCGUCUCGCACGACGGCGGCGCCUGUGAAAGCAGUGGUUUCCGCGUUGGCGUCUGCGCUUCAGAUAACAAAACAGCUGUUCAAGUGGGAGGCGCACGUGGCCCGAUACGUGAGCAUCGUCCUUGAAGCACCGCCUUCGGGUUCGUUACAGCAGCAGCAGCAGCAAGACAACGCUCCCAGCGGCGUAGGCAGCCGUUCGGCAGCGGGCGCGGCGCCACCACUGCAUGUGUCUGACAAGGACUUCCUCUUCGAUGUACAAGCGGAUAUGAGCCUCGAGCGUGGUGCCUGCAAUGAAGUACAGCUCUUGUGGCUCACCGCGGCGGCAGCUGUCGUGGCGGCAGCGGCAGAAGCAGAUGUCUCCUGUGGUGGCGCGCUUGACAUGAGCAGCGGCGCUCUUGCCUCCUCCAGAGUCAGGAAGCGAUGCGACAAGGUGGAACAGACGCUGCGCGCGAUCUGGUCCACUUCGGCCGUGGCGCGUGCGUUGCUGCCUGGAGUGCUACUCCUGCUGGGCUGCAGUGCCGCUCGCCGCCGUAGUGGCCCGGAGAAGCCCACAUCGGAGGCGCAGUCGAGGGGGAUGCACUACUGGAUGGAGGCCUACUCGCUUGGGCGACAGGUUUUGGGUAGUGCGCACCCCGUGGUGGCGGCAGCUGCUGCGUUGCUUCCCAACUCGGCUGUGUCUGCCAGUGGCGAGCGGCAAGCCCCAACGUCUGCGCCGGCAUCGCGCACGGCAGCGCACCUCCGAGCGCUUACGGCAGCGCCGUCGAACGCUCGCAACAGCGUCACGGCGCGCAUCAGCGGCGAAGACCCCCCGCUGCUGUUACACCCGCUGCCGCCGCCGCCGCCGCAGCAGCAGCAGCUCAUGCCCGCCGGCACACUCACCCGCCUGCCACCUCUUCCACCGUUGACACUCUCCGGCCCUGAGCCGUCGCGACUUGCACCCGCACCUUCGUCGUCGGCCCUGUUGUGUUCGCUGAGGUCCGUACCGACCUCGACGGCAAUGGUGCGGUCCUCCAGGAGCGGGCCACCCCUUCCCCUUGGACGUACCCCCACGCUGCCCCUCACCGUCUCCUCCACUGCGGCAGCCGCUGACGGUGUCGCCAAUUUGUUUCGUCGCCCAUCGCCGCAGUCGUCGCUGGCGGCGUCGAGGCUGCCCUGCAGUCGGUCACUGCGGCACUGCUACCGGCUGCAACGGCCAGCGGAUGCGUUCACGCUGCGCAGCGACGUGAAGGAUGCUGUACUGCUUGCUGACGACAAAGAAAGGGCGAAGAAGAAGGACGCCGCGCGGCGCCGCAGGGAACGGAAAAACCAACCGCAGUCCCCGACGGCGGCUUUGCUACUCUCCGCCAUAUCCCCAAAGAGUGCUGGGGCUGCCGGGGUCCUCGCAUCGGGGGACGACGCCGACGGCAGUACGCGUCGGCAGACGAGGCGUGAUCGCAACUUCUUACCCGCCCCAGGGGCACCAGCGAGCAAACUCGGCGCCGCUGUCUCGCCGACUUUGCCACAACCGAAAGUGGAGCUAGAAUCGCAGCAGCAGCAGCAGGACCAGGACCAGGACCAGGACCAGGAAGGCCUUCAAGAGCCUCAGCAAAGCGAGCGCAGCGAGGGUGCGCCGGUCGACCUCGGUGCCACCCUGAAAGGUGUCCAAACAGUCAAGCCCGAGGCUGAGCAACGACAAGACAGUGGCGAUGGUGAUGGUAGCGCUGCCGAUGCGGAAGCCGGUGGGGCACCAGCGCCGCCAACGACCAACGCCGCCGUCACCGCCGAUCAGCAUCGCGGCUCCAUCUGCACGGGCAGACUCAGCGGCAGCAACCACAUGCAACUCAGAGGAGACGGAAGUGCACCACGCACACAUGUAGUCGAUGCUGCCGGCGCAGUCGAAGAGAACGUCGAAGAAGAGGAGGAAGAGGAAGAGGAAGAGACGCUGCCGGAGCGCAACGCGCGGUUCCAGCGUGAGAUCAUCAAGUACUACGCCGAGCUCAACGAGCGGCGAGCGAGGGCGGCGCUGACGCUUCAGCGGGCAUGGCGCUCGAGCAAGGCGCGUCAGAUCCUGUACGCUUAUCGCCAGGCCCUGUACCAGUACGUCUACACAAUCCAGAAGGCAGCCGCGCUGGCGAUUGACGGCCUUCUCUCGUGCGCGGUGGAGCAGCGACGGCGUCAAGCAGCCCUGCACGCGCGCGCCGUGUCCGACGCUCGUCGACGAGAUCAGGAGCAGCGGGAGGUCUCUGCCGCCCAGCGGCUCACUCGCACCGUGCGGCAGUGGCUGCAGCGGCAGCGCGAGCGGCGCCGCCUGCGCAAGGAGCUCGGCAUCGCCCACGACGCGCGGCUGCGACUGUACGCAAUCACCGCCGUCAAGGUGCAGCAGUGGUGGCGCCGUGUGGUCGUCGAGAAGGCGUACUGGCGCCGCCGCACAGCAGAGGUGGAAGAGCAACGCCGCCUCCAGGCGGAGGUAGAAAGACAGGCGCACGCGGCAGUCACAAUUCAAAAGCGGGUGCGCGGCAUCCAAGCGCGUCGUUGCGUGGCGCAGCUGCGCGAAACCCGCAAAGCAGAGGAGCUCACGCUUCGCCGCCGCCGCGAUGCCGCCGCGACGGCGCUGACGAUUGUGCUGCAGGAGUACGUCCUGCGUCAGGGCCGCCUUCACCGUGAGGCAUUGGCGCGGGAGGAGAGCAGGGCAGAGGCGGCGCAGUGCAUCGCGGUGGGUUGGCGUUGCUGUGUUGAGCGUCGUCGCCUAGAACUCGCGGUGGAGCGCGCUCGACAGCUGCGCACGUCGUCGACGUGCAUUCAGCGGGUCUGGAGACGCUACGCCGCAGGGCGCCAACGCCGCUAUCUCCGCCAGCUGCGCCGCACACUGCAAGAGGAGCGGCUGUCGCGCGAGGCGCAUACUUACGAGGUCAUUCGCCUUCUCCAGUGCUUCGGUCGCAGCGCGCAGGCGCAGCUGCUCGUGCGCCGCCUCAAGGCGCGUCAAGGGCGCACCUUCAUGGAAAACCUCUUCCUUAUUCAAGCAGCCGGCCGUGGUGCCUUGACCAGAGCAGAGAUGGGUCGGAUGCAUGUGGCGGAGCAGGCAAGGCAGCGCGCCGAGGCCGCGGCCCUUGAAACGUGGCGCUGGCGCGCCAUCUGUCUCUUGCAGGCCCUCCUACGAGCGCACGCCUCCGCAGCCUUGGUGCAGCAGCAGCGGCGAACAAUGCUCGCAGAGAAGCUUGUGGUGCGCACCACCGCAGCACACGAGAUGCGAGCAGAUGCUGCUGCCACAGUGCUGCAGCGCGCCGUGCGUCGGCACCGAAUGCAGCGGCGCACCGCGGCUGCCGAGGCGGAGGCGGCAGCCGCGCUGGCGUUUCUGAGUGCGAUGGCUCGCCGCCUCCAGCAGGCGUGGCGCGCGUUCGCAGCGCGGCGCGAGCGGCGCUAUCGUGCUGCCGCCGUGGCGCAGUGCGCGCGCAAGCGGCUCGAGCGGGAGGAAGUGUGGCAGCUGGUUUGGCAAGAUCAGUUCACCGAGCUCGAUAUGCUGUGUAUGCUUGAGCGGCAGUACAUCGAGGAGCAGCAGCACGUGAAGCGCGUCCGACUCUACAAGUACCUGUGCGACCCGAACGGUGCCACCAACGACGACUGUGGCACUCAGACACCUGGUGCCUUCAACGCAGACGCGGACUUGUUGAAGUGGGCUACCCUGUACGACGAGUGA